UGAUAAAUGUUUUGAAAACAAAUUAGAAAUAAAUUAAAUUAUACUAAAAUACUCGUUUAAUAACAAGCUUAGCCAAAGCACUGCCAUAUGUCGAAAGGCGACAAAACGCUGAAGUACGAGAAUGUUAACGGUGUCAUGUUAUCACUCAGAGUGGACGGUAGAAACAGUUCGCCGAAAUCCAGACAAUUUACCAUAUCAUACAGCAGCAGCAAUGAGGAACGUAAAUCAAAUUGGUCCAUGAUAUCGCUCCUUGUAGCUAUACUGGCCAAUAUUGUAUUUCUUAUUUACGUGCGAAUCAAUUUGACUAUAUUGGUAGUGAUAGUUACAGUUUUAUCAUUCAUAGUAUUUUUUUGGGUAACGCACAGUGUGCAGUCAGAGACACUGUUAGUUAUUCCAACUGUGGGAAUACAAAGCUCAGUGCAAUAUGUUGUUGGCCGGGAAGACAACUUUGUGCCAUGGACCAAAAUAGAUGACAUCAUUAUAAAUGAAGCUAUUAAGUUGAAUCGUGUUUUGUAUUUCCUCACCUUAUUAGUUAAAAUCAAUAGUGAUUAUGAGCCACUCAAAUUAAUACCAUUAUUCAAGUACACCAAGCCACGACUUUUGAUGCUGGAGAGCAUUUACAAGGAGAUCCAGGAUCUGCUAACAGAACAGGCCAUGGGUGCUGGAGACAUAGGAGGCUAAUUUAACACAGUCAUAUACCGUAACUACAAGAUGGAGUAUGUAGGUGAAUCAACUUUUUCUUCUUACUAAUUUAAUCUAAUAGGGCAGCCAUUCUCAAAGUGUGCUCCGCGGACCCCUAGGGCUCCGCAUAGCCUCAGUUGGGGCUCCGCGAGAAUACUUGUAAUUAUAAGAAAAAACAACCGCUCUUGACCACUGUGAAACACUGUGGACCAGAUAUACCUAUGGACAGCGACAAAUGUUUUUUUUUAUUUAGGGCUCCGUCAAAUAUUUCGCUUUCCAUAAGGGUUCCGUCACCAAAAAAGUUUGAGAACCGCUGUAAUAGGGUAUUUGACUGUAUUUAAAAUAAAUUAUUUCACACCAUGCAUGAAAUAAAGCACCAGAUAAUUAUUAGAAAAAAAAAUAGCAGUCAUUUUACUUAUUUUUAAUAUGAAAAUGACUGUAUUAGUCUUCUAGGUGCUUAUUCAAUAAGUAUAAUGUAUCUUUACAUUACAUAUGGUGCUACUUUACCGCACUAGUGCGAUAAUUAGCACAUUACGUAACUGACGAAAAUUUAAAGGGCCAUAUGUACUGUAAAAUGUUGUACGAUACAUUUUUCGCACUUGUAUCGUAAUGUACUAUUAUUGUCUGAAACAUUCCUUUAUGAUUAUAAAGUAUUUAGAAAUAAGUAGUAGUUACCAUAUAUACCAGGGCAUCAGGACCUUAGGAGUAAAAAGUUGGGGAAGGAAAACCACAAAUAAAUCGUACUGGAGAGAUUUGCUUGACCAGGCUAACUAGGCUAAGGCCCACCCGCGGCUGUAGUGCCUUCAGAUGAUGAUGAUGAAGUGGUUACCAUAUUUGUGUCUAGUCAACCUACAUUUUAGAACAAUCGUUAUUUAUGUAUAAUGUUAAGGUAUGUCAAGGUUUUCUAAGACUCAACAAUUUUAUGUGUGCUCAAAAUUGUUACAAAAUAAUAUUCUCUUCGGUUACCGCGAUAGUUACUCAUGAAAUAAAACUAUGAAAACGGAUUAUAUCGCGUUUAUAUAUAUCUUUACUUAAAAAAUAAUAAUAAUAAUGAAGGAUGUAGUGUAUACCUAUAACUAGCCUUAUGAACCGAUUUUGCAUGUACAACCAGCCUUAAAGUUUUCUAUGAUGGUUCAUUGUUUUUAGUAUGUGGGUAUUUUUGCAUUUUGUGGUUUUUCCUCAGUCACCCGUUGACCACGAACGCUGUAAAGAGUUCGGAACGUCGGGAUGUAUUAUAAAUUCAAUAUACGCGAUAUAAUCCGUUUUCAUAGUUUUAUUUCAUGUUACAAAAUAAAUUAAAUAGUUAAUUCAGAAAAGUUUUUCAUUCAAUAGGCCAAGAAUCUCUAUGAGUGUUAUGGUUUGA